GUUCCUUGAAACUAACAGUGGAAGCAUGUUCAUGUGAUCAUACUUUCGUUAGCUCGAUGAUAGUAACUGAAAUUCGACAAUCAACAGGGAUGGGAAAGACGCCUGUGGUGACCCCUCAGCAGCUAACGAGAGGAAGGUAGUGACGGUUAAGGAGCGAGGUUGAACUGCCGUAUGCAAUGAAGAAGUUAUUGAGCUUUACUAAGAAAAAGAAGAACUGUGGCACCUCAGACAAUGUCAGUGCACUUUCUGAUGGCUACGACCUGAAAGACAAGGAUCUGGGGAAGAUUCACAAGGCUGUCUCCCAGGGUGAUUUGACCAAGCUGAAGCCGCUGGCUAAGAAGAAUGAUAUCAAUCAACUUGACAAGGAGAACAGAACUGCACUUCACAUUGCGUGUGCUACCGGUCAUGAUGAAGUGGUUCAGUUCCUCGUUGAUAGCAAAGCCAAACUUAACCUGCGUGACAAUCAAAACAGAUCCGCCCUAAUGAAGGCAGUAGAGGGCCAGCAUGAACGCUGUGUGGCUAUAUUGCUGGAAAAUCACGCCGAUCCAAAUCUUGCAGACGCCAACGGCAAUACGGCCCUCCAUCUAGCAGCGAACAUCCCCUCCAUUCCCACAGCAACACGUCUGUUACAGCAUGGGGCAGAAAUUAACUCGCAAAACAAGGAGGGGUUCGCCCCAUUGACCGUUGCGAUCCGUGAAGACCGUAUUGAAAUGGCCGAGUUUCUCCUGAAAGAGUCAGCUGAUGUGAAUUCUCUUGACCACGAACAAAGGUCCCCUUUAAUGCUAGCUGCCAGCAGCGGUCAACACAGUAUGGUAAAGCUUCUCUUGCAGUUCGAUCCAGACAUCACCCUUAAGGACAAAAGAGGGUGGACAGCUGAUGACUGCGCACAAAAAAAUGACCAUCAUAGUUGUUCCCUCCUAAUCACAGAGUAUGGAACCAAGAGGACACACAGGGCCUCAGUAUCAUAUCCAGGUUCAUACAAGAAGAAAAAACCACCGAGCAUUCCCUUCCAUGACCCAGAACCAGGCUUUUCUUUGGGAGGACCAGCCACUGAUAAAGAGCUUGGGACAAAUGAAGCAGGGGGAGAUUUAGAAGACAAUUCAUUGUCAGAGUCAGUCAGUCGAGCCUCUAAAAGUGCUAAUGACGAAUGGCCCUCAACAGAAGAUGAUGACUCCUCUGCGGGAAAGAAACCACUUAACGUGAACAUAAGGCGAUUUUUGGUAUCUAAAAAUGGAGAAGGAGACAAUUCAGCUGAAAGGGGGAAAGGAAAACACUCAGAGCAAAAUUUAAGUGCUAAUAAUUCUCAGGAGGAAGGCUCUGAUGGAGAGGACUCUGGAGAAGAAGUAGAGGAAGAAGAUGAGGAAGAGGAAGAAGACGAAGAUGAUGAGGAGGAAGAAGGUGAAGAGGAUGAUAGUGAACAAAGCGAUGAAGAUGGAUCUGAGGAGGAGGAAAGUCACAGUCAGAACUGCUCUGCAACUGAUAUCAGAGCUGAUACUCAAAACUCUCCCCAGAGUAAAUCCUCUCUGAACGCUGAGACUCCUGUUACAGUCAGACAUGAGGUCGACAAAGCGGAGACGGAAAACGCAGACGUCAACAAUCCUGACAGUGCAAAAACUUCUGCAAUGCCAGCAACAUUAGACGUAGCAGGUGAUUGCAUUGUGUCUGCCAUUAGGGUGGAAUCGAAGCUGUCCGAUGAAGAAGAGAGCGUUGCUAAGGAAUGUAUGAGGUCAUCAUACCAAGCAUUACAUUUAAAUCAAAUAUCAACAGAAGUCCCAAUCCCACCCGAAGCGGCUCAGUCACCCGGUAAAGUUAAAGAAGCGGAGUCAGAAAGAGAGACAGAAAAUGAUGAUAAGGAUUCCUUGAACGAUGGGACAAAUGGUGUCGACAAAGUUUGGAAUGACAGUGACAAUGAGGAAGAAAAUGGAGCAGAGGGAAUUGGUGGAAGUACUUUGAUCACUUGUCCGGGGAAGCUGUUAGCCGACGUUGAAAAGAAUGUCAAGUCUGACGCAGAAGACAAUGCUUCGUCAAGCAGGGAACCUGUUGAGGAAGGUAGACGUAAGUCCUCAUGGGGCUCUUCAGUAGAAGGAAGUGAUGUCGACAUACCCAAAGAGAGUGAGGCAAACAUUGAGGUUCUUCAACAGGAAAACGAUGUCCAACCUCCAGAUAUGCAGCUGGAAGAGAAAGAGGAGCAGCCUGAUACUUCAUGGGAUUCUUCAACACAAUUCGUCUUACCAGAGCGAGAUAUUGAUGACCCGGGUUUACCAAGUUCUCCUCAGGCCAAAAGCAAACCAAUUGUAGUAACUGCAGUUGAAUCUGAUUGGGAUUCCUCUGAAGUUGAUAACCAAGAUGACACUGGUGCUCAAUGUGAAGUAACAUCACUAGAUUUAAACGAAGCUGACAAUGAGACGAAAGAAACGCAUAAAUGCUUCUUGCAAGAAGAGGAAAAAGACAGUAUUGAGAAAGAAUCCAAUGACCCCUCCCCUGUGGUGUCGGUAGCGCUUGAGUGUAAAGACGCAAAAGGCCCAGUACGAUGUGAUGAUGGCGAGCCAGCAGGAUCUGCUUCAAUAAAGGAAGAAAAGUCAGAUUCCGAAAAUGAGGAAGGGAACAGUAGCAGUUGGGAUGAUGAUUAUGAAGAGGAGAGUGACGAGUCAGACAAGGAAGAAGCAGAAAAAGCAAAAACAGACAACAUUCAAACUGAAGACGAUACCGAAAAGAUUCCAUAUUCCUACAUCGACGGAAAUUAUGAAGCGGAAGACGAAGCUAAAGUUCAGGGAGAAACGCUGGUCAUCGAUGAAAAUCAGAGUAAAGACGUUGAGUCAAGUGAGGAUUCUGAUAGCAGGCAUCAAAAACUCCAGUAUGACUUUGUCAGUGCUACAGUCAAACUGCUUGAUGUUGGAGGUGAUUCUGCUGGCUUAUGUGAAAAGUCAGUUGAUGAAGGUGAAGCUAGACUAACAUCAUAUGCGCCGCUUGAAACUGAAACUGCAAGCGUUGCGGGAACAAGAGAGUCUUAUGAAGAAGAUCAGAGAGGGGAAGUGGUCUUUUCCAAUUCACAAAUCCAGGAUGAUGAUACCAAUGGACAACACCAACUUUCAGAGGUCUCUGAUGAAGCGUUACCCCAGACUGACAUUGAUGAUGUGGACCUAAGCUCACCCGAUCGAUCUGAGAAGACGAGCCUGAGAUGGCACGAGCUAAAAAGCACUGACGAGCCUGGUAUUCAGAAACAAAAUUUUACUGAAGAUGAAAAAGACAAUGACAGAAAAGGAAAAGAUGAAAAAGACUCAUCAAAUGCUAACAAUAAAUCUGAAGACAGUGGGGACGUCCAUGAUGGAGUUCCGACUGUUCCAAAAGUAGAAGUUGGUAAAGAUAAAAAAAGAGACUUCCGGUUAGAACUGGGUCUGAAGAAAGGGGAAGGAGACGAGAGUUCAUGGGACUCCGAGUCAAACUCUGAACUUUCCAACGUACCGCAUAAGGAAGAGCCAAGGCUGCACAGCCCAAAUAAAGAGGGAGCAGCUCCUGUGGAAGAUUCACUCAAAGAAAAUGUGUUUUACAUUCCUUCUUUUUUAAGAGGGGAAGGAGGGAGUAGGAUGGCAGAGAUAGAGCCUCGCAAGAAUGUAGGCAUGCCACAAGGCAGCCAGGGAGAGGAUGGAAGUGACAGUAGGGACAAUCAAAGGGAGCUUCCAAAGGAAGACAAUCUUGUACAGAAAAAGAAAGAAAGUUCUAAAGCGCUCACUGUUUUGAGCAGCCACAAAGGAAAUGUCAACAUAAUGGACGAGCUUGGUGUCGGCGAUGUAGAUGAUCUUGAAGUAUCUUAUGUUCGUGGUGCAGAUGGAUCAGACUGGGAUUCUGCCAGCAGUGUCAGUAAAAGAACACCGCCUGGGUUGAAGUUUCCCUCCUCUGGCCAAGAGGAGUUUCAGAAAGAUGGUAAUUCUUCUGGUGGUGGACAGAAAGAAGAUUGUGGUCUUCCCAGAACCUCAACACCUAAGAGGAGCAGCAGCUUUGGGAAGAGCCUACCCAGCACGUCCCCCGUCUUUGCUCCGCUGCCCCAACCUCGUACAACUAAGAUAAGUUUUCAGACGACAAGCAACGAAGAUUCAGAUGGUGAGAUAGAAAAGACUAGAGGCUCUCGAGAAAAUUCUCCAACUGGCGAUCGGCGACAGUCGACCCAUGAACAUGGUACUGCUGACCAGUCGCAGGCGACAGAAAACACUCAAGACAAUUCAGAUUUUGAAGAACACCAGGAGAGGGAGAAAGAUGAUGCAGUAGAUGGAUGUGAGUUCAGUUUGAACAACUUAGGCCAUGAAGGCUCUGACACGGAGGAAAAGAUGGCCGGCAAAGCAACAGGAGCUGUGGCGGCGCAUCGAAAGUCACGCAUUUCCCACGAUGGCAGUGAAGCAGAUGGUUCGGAGAAGCCUGGUACCAGUGUAUGUUUAAGUUUGGUUCAAGCUGGAAGAUCUCAUCAGGAAUAUCAGCUUGAUACCAGACAAAGAACUCCAGUCGUGCAGAGCUGCAGUGGCAUAAAGCAAGGUCCAGAAGGGAAAUUACAACUGGAGCUGAUGGUCCAUUGGGCCCGGCAAAGUGGAGGCCCUCAGGCCAACAAAGAAGUUGAUCAAGCACCCUCACCUGAGGUUGAGGAAAACACUAUAAGUGACAUAUCGGACGAUGAAGGAGCCAGGUCUGUGACUACAGAUCGACAGAAAAGCAAGGUCCAGAGUCUUGAAGACUUAAGCGUGCCUGACGAUCUGGAAGAACUCACCCAGUCGUCCGACACAGACGACCCGGACUCACAGACUUCAGGCUACCGUAAUGCAGCCUCCUUCAAGCAGAAGCUGGAGUCAUUCGCUUUGGAUCCCACGACUACGGCAAAGAUACAGAACAUUUUCCACGAGUACGAGCGCUCCAUUCAAAAACUGCGAAGUCGCCAUGGGCAUCUGUCAGACAGGGUGAACCAGCUGGAAGCGGAAAGAACGUCGCUGAAGGGCUUACUGGAGGAAGUCAGAGACGCUCGGUCUCUUCUGGAGCGCAACCAGCUGGAAAUACAGACUGAACUCACAAACAUCAAAUUCCAACUGAAACAAGAGCAGGAGAAUCGCCAGAAUGCCUCCAUGAUGUACGACACCACGAAAGACAAGCUGAAGCGGGUGGAGGAGCAGCAUCAGUUUGAGGUCCAGGACAAGCUGAAGGUGGAGCUGUCACUGAGGAACAUGGAGCUGGAGAUGAGAACGCUCGCCAGCAACAUGAAACAGCUUGAAGAAGAACAACAUGAGACUCAGAAGUUGUUGGCUCAGGAACGCACCUCCCGGGCCCUGCAGGAAAAUCUGCUCAACAAUCACCUCCGAAAGCAGAAGGAGAUGGAGGCAGAGCACAGGAAAAACAUGAGCAGAAGCAACGAGGCUCUGUCCCAGCUCACUGAGGCCGGCGACAGGGAAAGAGAGCUCCUUCGUCAGAUCAGUUCGCUGCAGGAGCAGCUGACCACAAUAAAGUCAGACUUCGAACAUUCCCAGGCAGACAGCAGUCUGAAAGAGAGCACCCUCGUGGAGGAGAACGAGGCCCUCAAGGAACAGCUCGAGGACAUUCGUCAAGACCUCAAGCACAGCAAUGAAACCGUGACCCAGACCGUGUUCGCUUGCAACAACCAGAUGUCGGCACUGAAGACCGAGUUGGUGAAAACGACGAGCCACCUGGAACAAGAACGACAGACUCGCGAGACGCUGGAGACUGAGGCCGAGGCGACUCGGUCUCGCUUGGCCGCGGCUGUGAAGGAGAUCGAACUUCGCCUGGCGUCUCACGCAGAGACAGAGAAAGCUCUGCUGAGAGAGAAGGAAGAACACCAGAGAGAGAAAGACCGACUCACAAACGAAAUAACCGCUCAGCGCGAGGCAGUCAGCAACCUGAAACAGAAGCUGACCAAGGCCGAUGCCAACACAAACAGCAUGGAGAACGAGGUCCAUCGGGUCACUGCGCAGCUGGCGGAGAAGAAUCUGCUGCUGGACGCCCUGCUGAAAGAGAAGGACUUUGGGAUGGCGCGUGCCAAGGAGCUCGAAACCGCCCUGCAAGCAGAGAAGGAGCUGUCCAGUCGCAGCGUAGCGCGCCAAGAAGCAGCGGAAGAACGCCUCGCCCACGCCCAAAGCGAGACCAUGUUGCUUCGGCAGCAUCUGGAAGAGGCCCAGAACCAAGCCGCCGCGAAGGAGCGUGCCAUAACCGAAGCCCAGCAGCGCUUCAGCGACAUGCUGACCAACCUGCGCGCCGACUGUGAAGAACGAGUUCAUCUGGUUGAGGAGAGAAACAAGGAGCUCGCCAGCAAGGCUGCUGAACUUCGUGAUCUGAACCUCAAGUUAGAGGAUGAGAAGAAUCAACGAGAGAACACCGUGAGGGAGCUGCAGCAGGAGCUGGCCGACUCUCUCAAGAAGUUAUCGAUGUGUGAAGCUUCCCUGGAGGUCCUCACACGCUAUCGCGACAACCUGGAGCAAGAGAAAGUUCGGCUUCUCAAAGACAUCGAGAGACUCAGAGAAAAGCUUGAGGAAACAGAAGAGAAGUAUUUCGAGGCAGAGCGACAUAUGACCAGUAUGAAAGUCAAAUUGGGCGAAACGGAAAAGGAACUUAAAACUACCACUUAUAAACUCCAGGAGGCAGUGGCGACCAUCGUGGCCACUGAAAUCACCACCAAACAGCUGGAGGAAGCGAUGCAAAAGAUGGAGAUCAAGAACGCCAAACUGGAAGGUACUACGAAGCAACAGGCCGAUAAAAUUGAGGCUCUUCAGAAAAGCGCUCAGGAAGCUGUCGUGGUUCGUGCACAUUUGGAGGAGCUGGUAUCGAACCUGCAAGGCAACAAGAUUUCUUUGGAAGAGCAGCUGAAUAAAGAGUUGCACAAACAGAGCAUGCUGUCUAACACCAUGCAGGACUCUCAGGUCCUGUGGGAGGAAGAGACGAAGAGCCGCUCAAAGUUAGGACUGCGCCUGACAGAACUUGAAAGAGAAAAAGGAGAGCUCACAAACCAGAUGGAGCUUGAAAAGAAGAAAGUCAAGAAAAUUGCAGAGCAAAAGAAAGCGGUUGACACUCGCCUCGAUCAAGAGAUGAAGAGAAACAUGGAGCUUCAAAAAGAAAUGCACAGGCAACGAACUUUAUUAAAAAGUGCAAAGAAGAAGCUGCAGGGUCCAGAGUCUGGAGGAGCGAAAUACUCCUCUAUGAAGAGCCCUCACCGGAGACAGAGUCAGGCUGACACCUGGAUGGACGACAAGGUGGAGGAUCUGCAGGCAGAGUUGGAGAAGGAAACAUCUCGUCGCUGCCAGCUGGAGCAGAUCAACGGGGAGCUCCAGGACCAGUUGGCCUCCAUGAAAGGAGCGGGCCGUAACCACGGCGAGCUGGAGAGAAGCAAGAGGCACUUGGAGAGCGAGGUGGUGGAGCUGAGACGCCAGUUGGAGAACAACAAGCCCGACCAGGGCGUGCUGGAUCAGUACCGACGUGAAGCGGAGGAAAAAGCCCACCAGGAGGUGCAGCAGAAACUAGAGCAGGUCAACCUCUUCCUACAGUCCCAGGCGGCAUCUCAGGAAGCACUAGAUGAGAUCAAAGCCGCCAACGAGGAAAACCUGCGCUCCCAGCUGGAAAAGAAGAUCCGCGAGCUGGAAGGGGAGCUGAACCGAGCCCGCACCAUCCAGCAGGAGAUGCUCAGCCAAAAAGAGUCCACGCGCUCCGAGCUGGAGCGCUAUCGACACCUCUACAACGAAGAGAUGCGCCUGCGGAUGUCCCUAACUGCCAAACUGGAGAGGGCCAACUGCCGCCUCUCCGAAGCCAACUCCAAGUUGCUGACCGAGCGCAGCAGGAGUCUUAUGAUGGGAAACGUCACAAGCGGGAGCCUGAUGGGGCCUUCUCUGGACAUGAGCGCCUUGGCUACGCCAGCGAACCCCGGGACCUCAGUGGGGGCCCUCAACAGGAACAUGAGCGUGGGAUAUUCCCUGCCCAGUACUGAGUCAGACGGACAGAACCAAAGGGUGGAGGACUACCUGGCUAAGCUUCUAGCUCAAAAGUCUUUUUCUCACUUCUCCUCUCUUCAGCCAGACUCAUAACCAGGUGUGUUGCUGUUUUUAGCUGAGUGUGUGACUGGUUGCUGUUUCAUUGCGUUGCUCGUGGCUUCAGUGGAGAAAAAACUGCCAGACAAAGCAACAAAAAAUUUACAUAUUUUGCGCUUCUUUUUUUUUAAAUAUAGCAUAAACAGCUUGAAUUUUCUUACAUUUUGCAAUGUUGCAGCCUCAAACUUGAGUGUUUUUUUGUGAUUACAGUUUAUUUUAUAGACAAAGUUGCACAUUAUAGUGAAGUGGAAAAAACCUCUGCUGUGCCUGCACAGCUAAAACAACACUAGGUGGCGCUCCUUUGUUGGCUUUGAAAGGCAGCUGGAGGCCACUGUUUCUGUUUUUCUCUCUUCUUUUACUUUCUGCCGGUUUUUAUCAGCAACUUUAGCGUUAAAACUUUUUCACUGAAGAAUCAGUUUAGUUUGGUUCUAUCUCAGGUCUGAACAGUUUGUCAUUCAGUAUAAAGUUAAUCUGAGCCAAAGCUCUGCAGCUUUUCUUUUAUCUGCAAUGAAUUCCCCUUGAAUAUUGAGAUUGUAACUGGUGCAGGCGUUGGUCACAGAAUCGGGUACAGAACAGUUUUUAUCUUGUUUUGCUUUCAAACGUUUGCUGGAUCCUCUGUGAACGAACGCUGAAGUUUUCAAGUGUCAGUGCAUCUUCAAGAGAGAAGUUAUAAUUAAGCAACUUAAUUCAAAAAAAUUUAUAAAAUAUACUCAGAAUUAUCCUAAGCACACAAAUUUUGUUAAAGGAAACAAAAUAAAUUAGGCCUGGAUUAAGCUAAAUCGAUGCCAAAAAAGAAAAAAAAUUAUACAUUUACCAAACACAAAAUGCUUGUAUACUCAUGCCCGGCCAGUAGGUGAUGAUAAUGUUCAUAUUGUCACAUUGUAAACUUUAAGGGAAUACAAAGAGAUUCAUCUGAGCCUAGAUGAUAGAUCCUCUUAAAAAGUUAUUUUGAUCAUUUCCUCUCAAUAACAAACUCUUUGAGCAACUUUAAAAAGACGUAUGUUUAUUUAAAAGAUAAAAUCUGUCAAAACCAUAUAGUGACAGGUAUUUAUAAAGUAGGUUGUGGUGUCAUAUAUUAACCACAAUCUCUGUUUGUGUGUAUUAAUUUAAUGACUAUAGAAUAAAACUAUUAAUUAAUUUGCUAGGGAUACGACAGCUUUACAUAACACUUUUACUGUUACAUUGUCACUGUUACAUUUAUAUUUUAGUUAUUUAUUUUAAUGAAAGUGUAUACAGUAAACCAGCAAUACGGCAAUUGGGUUUCCAGUUGGUUUAUUUUGGUUAUUUCUAGUGUGUGUGUGUUUAGGUGCGUCUUCAUUCAUCUUGGUAUUCUUGCUGCGAAAAGGUAAAUACAUAAUAAUAAUGUCUUUCAAUGGAUGGCAGUUAGUACACAGUUUUAAGGAACUAAAAUAUGACGGGUCGUAGUGGGGUAUUAUUUUGUAAAUACUCACCUCUGCCAUUUUCCAUCCUGACAGCAGGUGUGCGCAGACAAAACAUUCCCCCAGAAGGUUUGUUCACGACUCAUUAGCUCUGAGACUGCACCAUAAAAAAAAGGAAGUGUAUCUAAAUGCAGUGUUCGUCCAUUGUUCAUGUUGUUGGUUUGUGGUUCGGUAACAGCGUAGGUCUACAGUCUUCCACCGACAGCAUUCUGAAGCUUGUUUAAUGCUACCGUUUGGCCAAGCAGCAGUCCAGCUCUUUUUCUCCUUAGUUCAGGUAAGACGUUUCUAAAGUUGUCAUUGGUCCCGCAGCUGCACAAUAACAGGAACUCGCACUUGAAGCUAUGUAAUAGAUACGACUGGCUCGUGAGUAUAUAUUCACGCUGACAUUUCGGAAAUAAAUUAGCAUAAUAAAACGUCAUUUUCGGGGGGGGGGGGGGCAGAGAUUGUCAAUUUCCUUUCUUUUAAGUUUUUUUGCGCUAUGAUGAGGUGGGUCCUUUUAUGAGCAGCAUCGAAAUUAGUGUAUUCGGAGAAAAUGCAGUAAAAACACUUUUUCCGCGUUACAUGAUCAACAACCGGAUGUCUCCAUUGGCGCAAACCACGAAGAAGAAUUCAACAGGAAGUAGUUGGAGGAUCGUGGCGCUGCAUGUUUUUUAACGACUCAUGGCGCGAGCAAACUUAUUUAGGUGGGAUUUUAAUUGCGUUUCUUAUUUAACGGAGACGCCGCAAUUUCCGUAAUUGUGUUUUUCCGACAUUAAUGGAAUAUUAAGUUUUGUGUACAUUUGCGAUGAAAACGCAGCUGUUUCGACAAGUCGCUCCUUUUAAAGUAACAUUUUUAUACACUCGGGGAUUGUUUUGCUGGAGAACCAUACAGUAGGCAGCCGUCCAAAUGGACACAGAUUAUCAAUACGGCAUUAAAACUGUACAUGCAUUUUAAAUUGUUACGCAAUGUUUUAGUGUCUGGAAGGAAGGAAUUGUGAGUUUUUGUUAGCUGCAAGCCAUUAAAAUAAAUAAAAGUAAAUGAUUGAAUUCUAUCAGUCAGUUCAAUAAAUCUACUAACAUGUAUCAAGUUUCACUU